GGGGGUCCGGAGGGUGUCCGGGGGUCCCGGGGGGGGUCCCGGGAUGGGCGGCAGCGGCUGCUCCCGGAGGCAGAAGCGGAUCUUCCAGACGCUGCUGUUGCUGACGGCGCUGUUCGGGUUUCUCUACGGUUCGCUGCUCUACUAUGAGAUACACAACCGACUGCGGAGGGCGGAGAGCGCCGCCUCCAAACACCAACAGCACCAGGAAGCCCUGUCAGCACAGCUCCAAGUUGUUUACGAACAUAGAUCAAGGUUAGAAAAAUCGCUUCAGAAAGAAAGAAAUGAACAUAAAAAAGCUAAAGAAGAUUUUCUUGUUUAUAAGUUAGAAGCACAGGAAGCACUGAACAAAGAAAAGCAGGAUACCAGUAACCGAUACAGUUCACUUACGAUGCAACACAAAAUGCUGAAGAAUCAGCACGAAGAACUGAAAAGGCAGUACACCGAUCUGCAUGAAGAGCAUCAAAGGCUGGGAGAAGACCACAGCAAAGCAAUAAAUGAGCACGGUCAUAGAUACCUGAGCUUACAACAGGUGAAAGAGCAGGAGAUAGCUAAGCUAAAAGAGAAUAUUUAUAAUCUGCUCGAAGAGAACAAGAAGUUGAGGAAGGCUCACCAGGAUGUUCAUAUUCAGCUGCAGGAUGUGAGGCAAGAACAUAAGAACUUAUUAUUGCAACAUGAUCAACUGCAGCUCACUUUAGAAGACCACAAAAACUCUCUGUCUGCUGCUCAGGUCCAAAUGGAAGAGUACAAACAGCUGAAAGAUACCCUAAAUAAGAUGGCGAGCCUAAACACCAAACAGGUCCAAAAUGCACCAUACCUGGAUACAGACCAAACACAACAGAGAAAUGAAGAACCAAAGCGGACAUUGUACGGAGCAGAUAACACUGAACCGAUGAGGAAUAGUCAGCAGGAAGAUGCACAGCUGCAGGUGAAGCCAAUGGUUGGGGAGAAUGAUGACACUAAAACAAGGGAAGAACAAGGCAAACAUCAUCAUGAAAACUGGCCCAGAAACGAUCAGCCGGGCCAAACUGCGCAGAGGGAUGAUGAGAAGAUGCAGCAGACUGGCCAGGCUGAGUGGCAAGGACACCAACAGCGUGAACAUGUGAGGGAAAGUGAACAGCCCGAGCGAGAAGAUCAAGGAAUGGAACAUCUGGAGAAACACCAACAAUCGAAAGAGGAGGAAGGUGUUAAAGAUGAGGGCAAUGGCAACGAGCACACAGACCAAGAGAAUAAUGACUUGAAUAGGAAUGAACCUAAUGAGAUUGAAAGGAAAAGACGCAAGUCACCAUACGAAGAACAGUUGGAGCAGCAGAAAUUGGCAAACAUACGGGCAGAAGAAGCACGUAAGCUGAAAGAACACCAGGAAACACUUCACCAGCAGAGAUUGAAAGAGUACAUGGAACGCCAGCAAUAUCUCCAGAAGAGAGAGCGUGAGCUGCAGGAAGAAGCCGAACGCAAGGAAUUAUUACUACGGCAAGAGCAACUCAGGCAGGAGUUGGAGUUCCAGAACGAAGAUGUUCCUGAGGCUGAGGAUGAGCAGGAUGUGCGUGAGGAAGAGGAGGAGGAGGAAGUUGAUGAUGAAAACAAUCCGCGAGAGGAGCCUGAAGAUGUGGUGAACGAAGAUCAUCGUCCAGAGCAAGAGGCUAUGGAGCAACAGGUGAAGAUUGCCGGGAACCCUGACCAGCAGGAGGACAACUUGGAUGACCAGUACCAGGAUGAGGGAGAGGAAGAGGUGCAGGAGGAUUUGAUUGAAGAAGCUAAAAAGGUAGAAGAGAAUGUGGAAGGACCGUACACAGAGAAUGAAAAUGCUGAGGAGAAGGAAGGGGAGGUCGAUGAGCAAGAUGAAGAAGCAGCUGCAGACAAUGCCAAACCGGACGAGGGGGAAAAAGAAGACGAGAACUAUGAGGAAGAGGAGGAUGAGGCCGAGGUGCCUGCCGUGAAGAUGCGUCGAAGGGGAGAGAUGUGAAUUUUUUUAUAUAUAAUAAAAAAAAAGUUUUUUUAAAAAAAAAACAAUUCGCUUCAUCCUCUCAGUUGAGUUGGUGGAACUGCCAUUUUUUUUAUAUAGAUACUUCUACAUAGAUAUAUUUGAUAUGAUGUUUCAGGAUCAUUUACAUGUUUUAUUAGCGGAUGUAUGGAAUCCCUUCGAAACUGUCUGCUCUCUGAUCAAUUAAUUACCUCUAUUUCUAAGGGAGUUAAAAAAAAAGGUUUUCUUCCAAUGUCGGCUCCUUUUGAGAUGUUUUGUUACACAUGCCUGGGUCUGGGACUUUGAGACUACAUAACGCAAGGCGAACUUCAGUGAGUUCAAAUAGUACUUUGAAAAUAACAUCGAAACCUGAAGGCUGGUAUUUUCUGCUCACCGUGAACAGAUAUUAGUCGUGUGGUGAGAUUACGUUAAGUGCUAUACUGUACAGAGUAUUCAUAACCGUUGGUCAGAGUUGCACGGUAACAUGGUUAUUUUCAGCUUUGUUGCAGGAAUGCAAUUCAUAAAGGGCUUUUUACUGGUAUGGUUAAUCUGCCCAGUGUUAACCAUAUCUGUCGGCAUUUGUUUUAUGGAGUAAUAGUACAGUAUUCUGGUACGUCAAUGAGUGUUUAAGAGUCCGCACGGCACUAGGAUGACUCCCAUGUUUUGUGCCCUAAAGGACACCAUUGUAAGUGUGCCUUGGUGUGUUGCACAGGGAGCCUUAUGUAACUGAAAAGAAUCAGAAUUGCUCUUUUUUCUAAAAAAAAAACCCCACAGCAAAAUCAAAUAAAAAGAUUAAUUUGGUUACCGUAGAUGAGAAUAACCAAUUUGCAUCUUGUUACCGAACAAAAGUGUUGGUGCAAAAAUGUAAUUUACAUUUGUGCCCAUAUGGGAGUUUGUAAGCAAACGAUAUUGUAUAAUAGAAUUAUGCAAGUCCUUAAUCCACACUGGGUACAGAUUGUGCUGUUUAUUUUAUUCAUUGUGGUAUUCUACACGUGAAGCAUUGAUAUGAAACUCCCAGGUCAUCUUCGUUCUUCCAAAUGGCAAGAAGUUUUUAUCAAGACAACAAUACAUUGCUUUUCUAAAGGAUGUUCUUUUUAGGUGGAGUUGUAAGAUAUGUUGCUACACCCGAGAAAAGUAAUAUUGGGAGUUAUUGAUGCAAACUAGGAGUACGUUUUGAAUGUCGAUGGUAAGUAGAAUUGAACAAUAAUGAUAUAUGAAUUGAAUCCUUUGGUCGGUGAUACAGUAUUGUGUACUGUAAUCCAUUUGCAGUCAUAAAGAGAAAUGCCAUCUGAUCUUUCGAGAUCUAUCUCGAGGUUUAACAGUACUAUUGUUACGUUGUACAUUUGUGUAGUGCCUUCACAUUUAGUAUCUUGCUCACUUUCUUUUUAACGUGACGAGAAUGCUUUUUUUUAUAUAAUCCGCAGGGUUAGAGAAUUAGUUUGACGUGAUACUUUUUAACCUGGACAAUUUAGUAUGUUACCAAAGUGUAUGAUGCUGUUGGGGGUACAUUUAUCCAAAUAUUUUUAACCAAAUCGAAGCGUAGAUGAGUAACUGUGUAUCAUAAUGUGCUUUAUAUUUUUGAGGGCGGGGAAGGAAGGGGGUUUGAUUAUGCUGAGGACUUUAAAGGAUAAUGUUUUGACUGUAUUUAAUUGGCAGCCACAUAUACACGCAGUGAGAAAUGUGUGAGAGCUUCUGCCUACAGAGCGCUCUAUCACUGUAAAAUGUACAUUAUGUAAAUAGCAACAAUGCUGAUCAACAAAAAUUGGAAGUAUAUAUAGUAAUAUGCUAUCAUUUCUUUAAAAAAAAGGAAACUUUUGUGAAAAUAUUGGUUGUCAUUAAAGCUUUGUGAUUGGUCCUUUUCUGUAUUA